GGCAGCACGGGUGGAAAAGAGUCUUAAGUACCCGCCAGUACCUCCCACCAGCCUCAUGAUCCCCAGGGAAGGACAAAAAAUAGGAGUAAUGAGAAGGGAAGACCACCACCACUACCACCACCAUCAUUACCUCGCCAGCCGAGCCUCGUGUUAACUUUGAUACUAGCUGCCGCUGUGGUCAGAAGGCACCGUCUAGAAUUGUCGGGGGCCAGGAGACAGGAGUGAAUGAGUGGCCCUGGAUGGUAGCUCUCCUCUACGGCAACCAGCAGUUCUGUGGUGGUUCUCUUAUCAAUGACCGCUACAUCCUCACUGCCGCCCACUGCACUGUGGACUUCAGGGCAAGUGAGAUCACGGUGAGACUGGCAGAACACGACCUGUACAUGAGCAGCGAGACAAAUGUUGUCGUUCGCUCCGUGUCCACAAUCAUCAACCAUCCGAACUACCAGUCUCAGUCAGAGGAGAACGACAUCUCCCUCCUGAAGCUGUCCUCCCCUGUCACGAUGUCUUCUACCGUCCUCCCAGUGUGCAUGCCUCCCCCCAGGCCCCUGUAUGCCGGCAAGACAGCUACAGUGACUGGCUGGGGCACCACUUCCUCAGGCGGCUCCUCUCCCAGUUCUCUCAGGGAGGUGGAUGUUGUGGUGCUGAAGAACAGUAACUGCCAGGCCAGCUAUGGGACCAGCUCCAUCGUCAGCUCCAUGCUGUGUGCCUCCGCCCCAGGCAAGGACUCCUGCCAGGGUGACUCCGGAGGUCCUCUCGUCUUCAAGGACAGAGGCAACAACUACGAUCAGAUCGGUGUGGUCAGCUGGGGCUACGGCUGUGCUGCUCCCAACUACCCAGGCAUCUACACCCGUGUAAACAGCUACCUCUCGUGGAUCAAGGAGAACACACAGGAUGGGGUGUACUGCGCAGGCAUGAAGCUGUAAUGCUGCUGCUGCUGCUGUGUGUUGCCGGCACAAGACAUCAUAGCCGUGUCACACCUGCCAAACACUGCAGAGGACUGUGUGGUGCCUGUCCACUUAAUGCUUUAGUUUACAAUCAGAAAAUUGAUUUGCAAGUGCCCAAGUGCAUUUAAUUUUCAGUUCUUUAGCCUCUCUUCAAACCACCAAACCCUGACAACUUUGCAUAACUGUUGGUGUUUUAUAUAAAGAACUCAACAAACUCAACCACCAACCCCUCGCUGGCACUAUAAUGGAACCGAACAUCAAUAAACAUCCACU